AUGACGGAGUGUUCCCUGACGACCGACAAACGGGCUAUACCUCAACAUGUCGAGCACUCCCUGAGGCGAAAUCGGAGUCAGACGUCAAAAGAUUCGAUCAAAGACAAUCAGGUGUUCACUGUGAAUGUUUUCUCGCCAUGUUUGAGAAGUCGCUUUACGACCUCAUACGAGGCCUCCGAAAUCACAAGGGUAACGAGGGUGAAUAUAUCCAAAAUAGCUUACGAGAAUGCCGAACGGAGAUUAAGUCACAGGAUAUGGGCGACCGCCCUGCUUAAAUUGAUAUACCUUGAGAUGUUUGGAUACGAUAUGUCGUGGGCGGCAUUCCAUGUACUCGAAGUGAUGUCCUCGCAAAAUUAUCUUCAAAAAAGAGUUGGAUAUCUUGGAGCGGUCCAAAGCUUUCGACCCGAUACUGAGGUCCUAAUGUUGACCACCAACCUCCUCAAGAAGGAUAUGGUUUCUCCGCUUGUGCCUACAAUGUCGUUGCCUCUCUCUACUUUGCCUCAUAUCAUAUCACCAUCCCUUGCGUUGUCGCUCCUUUCAGACCUGCUGCCUCGCCUCUCCCACUCUCACCCAUCAGUUCGAAAAAAAUCCGUUGUUAAUCUUUACCGCCUUUCUCUUGUGUAUCCGGAAGCACUACGGCUCGCGUGGCCAAAGAUGAAGGAGCGCCUGAUGGACGAACAUGAAGAUAGCAGCGUAACUGCAGCGGUGAUAAAUGUCGUGUGUGAGCUUGGUUGGAGGAGACCCCGGGAUUUUCUACCCCUUGCACCGAGAUUAUUCGGACUACUAGUAGACGGUGGCAACAAUUGGAUGGCGAUUAAGAUUGUUAAACUAUUUGCUUCGUUAACGCCCUUGGAGCCGCGACUCGUUCGCAAGCUCCUUCGACCCCUAACGACCAUUAUCCAAACAACGUCGGCCAUGUCCCUUCUUUGCGAGUGCAUCAACGGAGUUAUUCAGGGCGGGAUCCUUGAAGGCUCAGAAGGAGUCCGAGAGGGAGAGGUCAUCGCACAUUUAUGCGUCGAGAAGCUUCGUGCGAUGCUUGUUUUGGGAGAAGACCCGAACCUGAAAUAUGUUGCUCUCCUCGCAUUUAACAGAAUAGCCCUCUCGCAUCCAAUGCUCGUUUCCCAACAACAGGACGUACUUAUGGACUGUUUGGAUGACAACGACGUAUCGAUUCGGCUACAGGCAUUGCAACUCGUGUCGAGGAUGGUAACCAAUGAAAAUUUACAACUUGUGGUCGAUCGGUUAAUCACGCAACUUCGAACUUCCCCUCUACUAGACACAACAGUAGCAAAAUUAACUCUUGAAGUAAAACCGUCUGCGGAUAUUGAAGGCGAAGACCCUGAAGAACCAUUGGAGAUCACAAACAAAAAGCAGGAUGGAGUGCUCGCUCUCCCAGCCGAUUACCGCGUAGAAGUUCUCAAACGGAUUUUAGAAGUGUGUUCUCAAAAUACUUAUUCCGCCAUCGUUGACUUUGAGUGGUAUGUCGACGUUCUGGUCCAGCUUAUGAAGCUAAUUCCCCCUCUGAACGAACCUCGGAACAAGCGAGCCAUGAAACCGACCGAAUUCUUAGGAGAAAAGGAAGACCUCGCGUCACAGAUCGGGUUCGAACUCCGCAACGUUGCGGUCCGGGUGAGGACCGCAAGGCCCAAGGCCACGCGUGCUGCCGAGUCCUUGGUUUUAGUGGAGAACCGAGCAGCCCUGUUCCCAAUUACCCCCGCCUCGGGAGUUGCAAUACUAGAAGCUACAGCCUGGGUAGCGGGCGAGUUUUCCGAGUAUCUUUUCACGCCGGAGCAGGUGCUAUCUUCGUUGAUUCAUCCAUCGAAUUUGGCCCUGCCAUCAAGAGUAUUGUCUUCAUAUCUUCAGACCAUCCCCAAAAUUUUUGUUCGAAUAACAAGCCAUCAUGUUUGGAGUGCAGCAAAGCAGAGUGAGAUAUCAACUCUGCUUGCAAAUGUUAUUAUUUUCUUGGACAAACUCUCUUCACAUCCUGAUUUGGACGUGCAGGAGCGCGCUCUUGAAUUUCUGGAACUUUUCCAUAUCACUGCAGAAGCAAUUUCCACAGCAGACCCUGGAGGGGACGAGGGCCCUCUACUUUUAUAUUCAGCCAUUCCUAGGCUCUUCUCUGGUCUUGAUCUCAACCCAGUUGCUGCCGAUGCUCAGAGGAAGGUACCAGUACCAAAUACCUUAGAUCUGGAAUCGGUGCUUGAUGAGAACGUACCUUAUAUCUUGAGAGAAUCAGAGAAUAGUCGUCUCGGUUGCUGUGGUCAGAAUGAUCUCAACUUUUUCUAUCAUGUACAAUUGCCUUCUCCUAGCGGAAAACCGCUCCCGAAGGAGACUCUGGCAUGGGGGAAGUUGCAACCUACAUCGUACCAAAACCUAUCGGAUGACAUUGUUGAUACAACGGAGGUAGCAAGACGACGGGCAGAACGGAAAGAACGGAAUGAUGAUGACCCUUUUUACAUACGACAGAAGGACAACCUUUCCGGACCAUCCUCUCCAUUGCAUCACGCAGACCACAAUGUCAACAGUGAAAACGUCGACAUUGAUUCAAUACCCAUAGUUGAUCUGGCUCUUGAGAGUGCCCAGGCGCUCGAGGCACGCCAAGGACCAAAAGCUGUUGAUCGCCAUGAGAAUGUCGAAAUCAUAGCUGACGAAACCAUUGACUUAUGUGAGAGUCCUUCGAACGAAAAAUUGCUCUUUCGGUCAGGCAGAGCGAGGAAGCCGCUGCUUGAAGUGGAUUCAAGUAGGCUCGGCCGUCUCCCGCUUGAAGAAAAGAAUGACACUAGUCACCAUGUUAAUCAAUUGGCACACAAAGAGUUUGAGGCUGUAGAGAUGGCCGAGGCCAUGGCAAGAAUCGAAAGGGUUCGAUUAGAAAUGCAACGUGUUUCUGAACGCAUACACAUUGAUGAAGAUAUACCUCCGGAAGGUACCCUAGUGAAACGGAAAAAGAAAAAGAAAGGUCCUGACUCAGUGAAUCAGAAACACACCAAGGGGUUAGUGGUCAACUACAAUAUGCAUGGAGAUGAUGUGGCAGAAUCCAAAAAGAAAAAGAAAAAGAAAAAGAAAAAACAAACCACCAAGAAGGAAACCCCUUUGUCACCAGGCUGAGCUUAUUGAGAGCAUCUUGAAGUUUGCAUUGUGAACAAUCAAGUUGCUAGAGUACUGUAUGGAACUGUAACAGGCAACUUUCUCCUUGUCAAUACCACAGCAGUGAUUUUCUUACCCACAACGAAAGCUCUUGUCACUUGAUAGCUUUUGGUCUAUAACAGACACAUUAUUAACAUGGC